AAUGCCAUCGAUUUGCUUACCCACCCCGAACGGUCAUAAAACUCCUGUAGUCUUCCCUGUUCCCAGCAAGCUCGCCAAGGCCAUGAUUGUAUCCUUCCCGCCUCCCCUCCGCCUUUGCUCCUCCUUCCUCUGCACCAAUCCCUUCCUCUAUCGACAUGGAUCCAUACUCGACCGAGGAACGACUUCGAAGGCCAGUGUGUGCUUGCCCGCCGCAGCUGUUGUUGCCCCUUUCAUCAAAGACGGCGCAUUGCGGAUCAACGGACGAGAGGCGCUCACGGGCGUCCCGGAGAACGUUGUCGCCACGUAUCCCUUGGCGGAUUCCCCAGCUGCGUUCUUGGGUGCGGUCUCCGAUCGAAAGGACUCCCGGCACGUCUUCAAGUUAGGCGUUUUGAGGAACCACCGACUGCUUUGCCUAUUUAGGUUUAAGAUCUUUUGGAUGGUUCCUCGAUGGGGAACUUCAGGAAGUGAUGUACCUUUUGAGACGCAAAUGUUACUUCUUGAAGUGACACAUGAUUUAGCUGUUGAUGGAGGCCCCAGUAGGACUUCUCAUGAUCCUACACACUAUAUACUUUUCUUGCCUGUGUUGGAUGGCUGCUUUAGAAGCAGUUUGCAAGGAAAUUCUUCUGAUGAACUCGAAUUCUGCAUUGAAAGUGGUGAUCCAGCAACAAUAGAAUCUCAGUUCCUAGAAUCAGUAUUUGUGAAUUAUGGCGAGGAUCCUUUUGGCCUCAUGAAGGAAUCCAUGAUAAUGCUAGAAAAACAUAAAGGAACCUUUUCAGUGCGUGAAAAAAAAGAGAAACCUGGCAUUCUUGAUUGGUUUGGUUGGUGUACUUGGGAUGCUUUCUAUUUUGAUGUUCAUCCCAAAGGGAUUGAAGAUGGCCUAAAAAGUUUAUCUGAAGGUGGCACUCCACCAAAAUUCCUCCUAAUAGAUGAUGGCUGGCAAGACACAAGAAAUGAAUUCCAAAAAGAAGGUGAACCAGCCGCCGAAGGAUCUCAAUAUGGAGCAAGAUUAGUUAGUGUGAAAGAGAACUAUAAAUUCAAGGGAACAACUGGUGGAGGCUCAACUGGAAAAACCACUUCCUUGAAGGAUUUUGUUACCUAUGUAAAGGAAACCUACAGGAUCAAAUACGUCUAUUGUUGGCAUGCUUUAAUGGGAUAUUGGGGAGGAGUUGACCCAGAUGCACCAGAAACAAAAAAGUACAAUUCAAAGAUAGUUUAUCCUGUUCAAUCACCAGGAAACCAUUCUCACUUGAGAGAUUUAACCAUGGACUGUAUGGAAAAGUAUGGGGUUGGCAUGAUAGACCCUUCCAAAAUAUUUGAGUAUUAUGACGAUCAACAUAGCUAUCUUAGGUCGCAGAAUGUAGAUGGUGUUAAAGUAGAUGUACAAAAUGUCUUAGAAACAAUUGGAUCAAACAAUGGUGGUCGUGUAACCUUGACUCGUCGCUUUCAUCAAGCCCUGGAAAAAUCCAUCUCAAGAAACUUCAAGGAUAACAGUAUUAUUUGUUGCAUGGGACACAACACAGACUCAAUAUACAGUUCCAAAGUGAGUUCUAUUACUAGAGCUUCAGAUGACUACAUGCCAAGGAACUUGUCAUCACAGACAUUGCAUGUUGCUGCUGUCACAUUUAACAGUAUAUUUCUUGGCGAAGUGAUGAUGCCGGACUGGGAUAUGUUCUAUAGCCUCCAUUAUGCAGCAGAGUUCCAUGCAACUGCAAGAGCUAUAGGUGGUUGCGGAGUCUAUAUCAGCGACAAGCCAAAUCAACAUGAUUUUGAGCUUCUUAGAAAGCUUGUACUCCCUGAUGGAUCAGUUCUCAGAGCCAAAUAUCCCGGGAGGCCUACUCAUGAUUGCCUAUUUAAUGAUCCAGUUAUGGAUGGGAAAAGUCUACUAAAGAUAUGGAAUCACAAUAAAUUAACUGGAAUAGUUGGAAUUUUCAAUUGCCAAGGGGCAGGGUUAUGGCCAUCCAUUAAAGUUCAAAGUACCGCAAUGUUAGAGGAAACGUACCUCACUGGUCAUGUUAGCCCCUGUGAUGUUGAAUAUCUUGAAGAUGUUGCUGGUGAUGGUUGGAAUGGUGAUUGUGCCGUAUAUUCAUUCACUGAUGGUUCGCUUUCCAGAUUGCCUAAGAAUGGUUCACUUGAUGUUUCACUAAAAAGUCUGCAGUCCAAACUUUAUACAAUUUCUCCAAUCUUGAGUUACAACCAAAAAAUCCAAUUUGCACCAAUUGGACUCAUGAAAAUGUAUAAUUCUGGUGGUGCCAUUGAAGCCGUGGACUUCGCCAGUGAUCUUUCUCAGUGCUUAAUUCGCAUCAAUGGAAAAGGAUGUGGUUCAUUUGGAGCGUAUUCCAGCAUAAAACCCAAAAUAUGCACAAUUAAUUCCACUGUUGAAGAGUUCAUGUUUGAUCAUAACAGCAGUUUGCUGACACUAAUUAUUCCUGAAGGGGGUGAGUUCUGGGAGAUUUGUGCAUUCUUUGAGGUUUGAUUCCAAUAAUUAGUGAUGUAGAAAACCAUGAGAAAAUAUAGUUCAAUAUAAAUCUUGGCUUUGGUUGAAGAAGCAAAAUUUAUUAAA